AGUCGUUCUUCAGCUCGUCGCGACUACACACGGCCAUUUUUCAGUCUGAUUCCUUCAUUUUUUCUCCAUCAAACUUUUUCAGCAUCUUGCAAUUUUUAUCGUCUCCCCAAUUUCGGGCAGUUUUAUGUGAAUGCAACUAAAUUGAUUUUCCUCAAAUACGUUAUCAUUUUUUUAAAAACUAAACUGGGUGUUUCCUCAACAGUUUUUUUUCCACAACACCUUUUUUGCUACCUCUUUUUGACCUCCUUUCGGUGGGAAGUGCUCAUUUGUUUUCGAAAAUUUUUCUACGCUUUUUUGUACCAUCUGGUUGUGUGGGAGAAAAAGAAGAGAAACAUUCUUUGCAUGAACCGUGAAGGACAUCACGACGAAGGUGGAGCCCUUCGACGCACUGAGAAGAGGUGAAAAGAGCAGGAAAUCGUCGUAAAGUAACUUCCGGUGAGCUUCUGCGAAAUUCACUUUCCUGAAAAUAAGGAAGCAACAAACUGCGGGGGAUGGGAGAAAUUAAGCCAUCAAUUGCAUUAUUUCAUUUAUUUUUAUUUAGUUGAAUUUAUUAUUUCUUUUUAUUUCAAAUACCACGAAAAAUUCACAAAUCAAGAAAAAGAAAACAAAUUAAUUUGCUCAAGUUAAGUCACACACAAAAAAACAAGAAAAAAGGAAUCAGCCUACAAGGAAGGGAGGAAACGUAAAACCACCGAAAUGGGAAAUGGCAUGAAUAAGGUGCUUCCUGGGCUCUAUGUGGGCAACUACCGGGACAGCAAGGACCCUCAGCAAUUGGAUAGACACAACAUAACGCACAUCUUAGCCAUCCACGAUAGCCCAAGGCGCCUACAUCCCGAUAAGCACUACCUGUGCGUUAUGGCAGCCGACACACCUGACCAGAAUCUUGCUCAAUACUUUGCCGUGUGCAAUGAUUUCAUUCACGCGGCACGUCUUCGUGAUGGGAAUGUCCUUAUUCACUGCCUCGCCGGAAUGAGUCGUUCCGUAACGGUAGCUGUGGCCUACAUCAUGUCCGUCACACCACUCACGUGGCGUGAAGCACUAAAAGUCGUGCGUGCCGGCAGGGCGGUGGCAAAUCCCAAUCUUGGCUUCCAAAAUCAACUACAGGAAUUUGAGAAUCUUAAACUGAUUGAAGAGAGGAAGCGACUGAAGGAGAGAUUCCCAAGUUUGGCACUUGAGCUGCAUGAUCGUCAGCAGUGCAGUGAUGCUUUGAACAAUUACGAGGAACUCCUCUCGAAUAAGGACAUCUGCGAGGGACACUGUGUGCGCGGCGAAGUUUGUCCAACAGGUAUGUGCAAUUCGGCAACGGGUAAAGGAAUCUUUCGACGGAAGAGCAGUACUACAUCUUCAACGUCACGGAGUAGAUUAGCACCGGCUGGUACGGUGCAGUCGUGCCCCACAUCACCACGACGUAGCCACAGGGUAAGCCGAGAUCCCGUCCUUGAUGUACCGGGUGUGAGUGAGGCGGAAAGUGAGGUGAAACCCACAACUGGUCUUCAUCGUUCAGCUAGCACUGUCAGCUCAUUGAGACCAAGGAGUAGCCCAGCUGGACUGUACUCCUACACAGGAUCUGCUCCGACAUCCGUCCAUGGAUCUCGCGUGGAUUUGUCAAAUGUGGGCGUUGGAUCGGCAAUUUACGUUGGAUGUACCCCAAAUGCACGUGGUUCCGUGACGUCGGUCCCACGACUACAAUCCUCCAGCCGGUCAGGUUCCCAGCUCAGUAUUGUCUCCGUCUCGACACCCCCGAGCACCCCAAAACGCACCCAGAAGCGAUGAAUUGCUUUCCCAUGGGAAUAGAAAAUAUAUAUUUUAUCCUAAAAAAUCUGAAGCACAAUACAUCAAAGAAGAAUCAAAUAUUGUCAUAAAAAAUAAUUUCUAUCAUACCAACAAUAGCUUUUAAGACAUUUAAGAGGAAAAAUCUAUAAAUUAAAAAAAAAAUCAUACAUUUCUCGUGUUAGUGAAGAAAAAAACAUACAUACCCUCUGGAAAAUCUUUGCCUAUGUAACCCAGCUUAUUCUAAAUAGCUGUGACACCACUUAAGCAACAUUGGAGCUUUAUUCAAUCACACACCUAAUAUAUUUUCCAACCUGAAAAUUGAAUAAAAAGAAAUGUUAAAAAGAGAAGAUUUUAAUGAAAAAAAAAUGUGAUAUAAAUGUUUGAAAUGCAUUCAUGUUAAGGGUUCAAAAAUGAUGACCAUAAAUGGAGAUACAAAGAAUAUGUAAAAGCUUGUUGAAAAGAAAUGGAUAAGUAGAGAAAAAAAUUAUUUUAUAUGUUUUUAUUUGUAGAAGGUUUGGAGCAAUACAAGCAAUUUAAGUCAUUAUAGUGCUUAUUAGAUUGAUGCAGCAUGGUGUUUCUUACGGUGAUGCGAGAACAAUACAUAGAACAAGUGCAUAUAGCAAACAAAGAUACAAAAAACGUUGUUGAUCCAUUUGUAGAGUUUAUUGAAUUGUUAAAGAAAUGAGAUGAGAGUUUAACAUAGAUCGAGCAUUAUGAUGGAUGUGCAGUUUUGCAUGUAAUUUUUAGACAUAUUUUCUCAGCAUAUAGUGCAAAGUUUAUUGCAAAUAUCCCAAAAAACUUCUUUUCCUUCGAAAAACAAUUCCCCAAUCCCAAAAAACAUAUUUUAUGGGACAUAAAUUACAAAAGAGAAAAAAAAAACCUUUUCACUGCAUCAUCAACAUAAAAUAUUUUUACAGCAUUUUUAAUAUAAAAAAAAAUUACUAUAAAUAUAAAAAUUGAGUGAGAAUAGUUUCUACUGCAGCCCAGAGCUUAUUAUAAGAAGGUUUCUCAACGAGAAGAAAAAACCCUAAAAUUGGCUUUUCAGAUUUUAAUUCAAAAUUAUUCAAAUUAAUCUUCCAUAGAAAAAAAACAUUUCAUUAACAUAUCAGAACUUGAUAACAAGUAGAUAUUACGUGAGAAACCUUUUUAUGGAAAACACAAACCCAUUAUAAGCAUUAGAUUUAAUUUAAUUUGCAACAAAAUUAACUCUUUAUUGAACAAUGGAACGGCAGAUGAUCUUGAGACAUGAAAUAUCCUAAAUAAAAAGCCUCUUUAGAGACAUUGAGACACAUUUCGUAAUUAUAAAACAAAUUAAUCAUUUUAUUAUUCAUGUAACAUUUUUUUUUAACAUUUGGGAAGUUUCAAGAUUGAUCUUGAGCAUUGAAAAAUAUUUAAAACUCACAAUCAGUUGAAGUAUUUUUUCUUCAUGGCAAAGCUGGAAGUAUACAAAAUUUAUAAUAUUCUGCUUUUAAGUCGAAAAUCAGAAUCAAUCUUUGCUGAAGUUUAAGCUUAAUAUCUGAGUUUUUUGGUGUUAGGUAGGAUAUUUUUUUGCUAUAGAAUACACAAUCUUAGAAUUUUUUUUUGAUGAAAAUGACCAAGAAAAUGGAAAAAAUAUACUAAAUCAAUGCCUAAAUUAGGUUUUAGUUUAAAGAAAAUAUACAAGAAAUAAUGUUACAAUUAAAUAAUUUUUCAUUAAUUUUUUUUUUAAUUCGUAAAACCACUUCCAAAAGUCAAUAAAUCUAUUAUUUUCUAAACUUCAUGCAACUUAAGCUGAAUCUCAUGUUUAUUGGAGGUCUUACAAAGGAAGUUGGAACUUACGUACAUGUCAACUUUUGUAGUAUUUAAAAGCAAAAGCAUUUGUAACUAAAAAGAAUCCUUUUCAUUUUGACAUGAUAAACAGCAAUAUGAUAAUAAAGAAGGUGCCCCAAAUUAA